AUGUCGGCUCCAAGAACAAAGCCUUGGGAAGUCUCGUCUGGUACGUCGUCUGCUGCUAUGUCUGGUGGCACAUCAGAUCCACCUAUCGGGGCGUCAAAUUCUUCAACUCAAUUGAACAACCCCGCUACAACAAACAUGAAUACAUCAGCUGCAGCAACAAGUUUGCCUGAUAGGCCAACUUCAUUAACAUCAGAUAUUUCAUCGGCAUCAAAUGCAUCACCAUAUGGAACUUCAGGUGGAUAUGGUUCUGGUUAUGGUUCAAACUACGGCUCGAGGUAUGGUGGACUUGGCUCGUCUAUGUAUGGUGGUGGACUUGGCUCGUCUAUGUAUGGUGGUGGAUAUGGCUCUGGCAUGUAUGGUGGGAGCUAUGGCUCAGGUAUGUAUGGUAUGGGUGGUAUGGGCGGUUAUGGUUCGAGCAUGUACGGAAUGGGUGGUUAUGGGUCUGGAAUGUAUAAUCAACCUGGUGGGCAAAUGGGUGGAUUGGCUGAAGGUACUCAGGCCACCUUUCAGCUCAUUGAAUCAAUAAUAGGAGCAGUGGGUGGUUUUGCCCAAAUGUUAGAAGCGACUUACAUGGCUACACAUUCAUCAUUUUUUACUAUGGUGUCAUUAGCAGAACAGUUCGGUAAUCUCAAGAAUGCUUUGGGUUCCUUAUUAGGUAUAUUUGCAUUAAUUAAAUUUGUGAAAAAGAUCUUCUAUAAAAUAACAGGGCAAACGUAUAACUAUGGCCUUAAUCUUAACGAAUUUUCUAAAUUUGAGAAAAAGCAGAAAAAAAUAGAAGAUAGUAUUAAGAAACAACAAAAUGGAACCAAAGGGAGAAUAUCUUUCAAACCUUUACUAUUGUUUUUGGCUGCAUCGAUAGGAUUCCCUUAUUUACUCAGUAAAGCCAUUCAAAAAAUUAAUGAACAACAGCAGCGAAAGCAGCAAAUUUUGGGCCAGCAUGCAAUGCCGGGCCCAAUAGACCCCGCUAACUUGCAGUUUGCAAAAGCUCUAUAUGAAUUCAACCCCGAGAACCCCAACAUCGAAAUUGAGUUGAAGCCUAAUGAAUUGGUGGCUAUAUUAUCAAAAUUGGAUCCGUCAGGAAACGAAAGCAAAUGGUGGAAGGUAAGAUCUAGACUGGGAAAGGUGGGUUAUGUUCCUCUGAAUUACCUCAAUAUCAUCAACAGGAAACUACAAACGAAAACGAAAGAGCCUCUGGCCAUCGAGCAGAGUCCUGCUAUACCUCAGCAUCAGGUUGCUGAUUCAAACCCCCCAUUAAGUGUCGAAGAGUUCCAGAAGUUUUCUGGUUAA